AUGAGAAAUACGCAAAGUAUCAUAAGAUAUCCAAACAUCACUUAUCCAGAAACAUCCAUUCAGCCUAAUCUAACUGGAAUUCAACCUCACAUUAUUGAUAUUGCGCAUUAUAAUGAUAAUAGAAAUAUAGAAGUUGUUCGUAUCUCUCGGGUGAAUUAUAUCUCUGGCAUUAAUAGAUGUUUUGAACAGAGGCUAUUACUCCGUGUUAUUCUAGCGAAUGGAAGUGUUAUUCCAAUAAAUUUAGAUAAUAUUGAAGAAAUACAAGAUAUCAAUUAUUGCUAUGUUAGUGGUAUUGAAAAUCCUAUAAGCAUAUACCCAUUAUUUGAUCAAUAUAUUAUAGUAACAUACACUCAUGCAACUAAUACCUCUGAUAAUACAACUUUUAUGGAUAGAGGUGUGGUUUUAGAUUGGAGUGGGAAAAAUAUAAGUACACUCGAUUUUGGACCAGCAUAUUUAUCGCCGGGAACCACUAUUUGGCAUCCAGAUCAACUUAUACGAAAUAAUAUCAUACCGAAAAAUGGAUUUUUAUAUUUAUCCGCUGUUAGUGGAACAAAUAAUUUGGAAUGGAAACAAUAUGAAUAUAAAGGGGAGGGGAGAUUCGCUUUAUUACAUAAUGACACUUUUGAUAUUUUGGAUAAUAAUUUAAACACCAACUUUCAAUUUACUGUGCUUUCAACUCUGAAUGGUGGAUAUGCGAUUGUAUACGUUAAUUCGACUAAUAACAUAUACGCUAAUUCAAAUAAUAACCAUACAGCUUCUGACCAAUUUACAGCAGGAAUUUAUGUAACAUUAUUAAAUUAUAAUCAAACGAAAACAAGUCAAAAACUUAUUUUGCAUGAAAUGACUACUCCUAAUAUUUCAUUCUCUGGAAUUUCUUGUUCUGUCAAUUACGAUUUCAUGGGCCAUACAUGCAUGAUACUUGUACAACAGCUUAAUGUCGAACCGAAUAACAUAACGACAACCAAGUUUUUUAUUAAAAUAACUUUUCAUUCCACUGGGUCUGUGACGCAAUUGAGGCAAUACAAUAUACCUAUUGAUAAUGCCUUUCCAUGGCUUAAAAUACUUCGGUUUGGAGGAUUCAUGUAUGUGUCACGGAAAUAUAAUGGACAAACUUACAAUUUCAGCUUUAGUCUUUACGAUGAGUCUGAUCAGCCAUCCAAUUGGACGUUUCCACAACAGCCAAUUAUUUCAAAUAUCUAUGGUUCGUUUGAUUUAUUGCCAAACAAUACGAUGUUAGUGGCACUAAAUGAAUUAUCUACAUCUUGGACUCUUCUUUCGAUUGAUCUUCCGUCGCUUAUUCCGGCUCCGCGUUUUGAUAGCGGUUAUGGUAAUUUACAAAUAAAAACGACAUAUCCUCUAAGAAACACCAAGGAUCUGCCUUUGAAUACUGAUAUGAUCAAAAUCACAUUCUUUGAUCGAGUUUCAUUUUCGUCCUCGAAUGCUAAUUUAACUAUCUAUCAAACAAUUAAUCAAACCGAUGUGCUUCGGCAGUUGAUUAAUUCAAAAAAUUGUACUGGAUGCAAUGCUUUAGACAAUGUCAUCAUGCUUAAUGUGCUUAACUGUACAUUUAACGAUCCAGGUGGGCAUUAUUAUAUAAAGAUGGAUAAUAAUUUUGUAAAGAAUGAAUAUGAUGAAUCCAUAGCAGGAAUUGAUGCCAACAUAUGGAGGUUUCAAACAGAAAAUAAACAAUAUGCUCAUUUAGGAGAUAUUAAAGGCAUACUAAGAUUGACAAUUACUGGGUCUCAAGAUUUCCAAGGAUUGGAUGACUCAGGAAGACAAAACUUUUUCAACACAUUAAUAGAAGAACUCACACUUAUAAUUCCUGUAGAGAAAGGCAGAUUAGAAUCAAAUGGGCAUUAUCAACUUGAUACUUCGAAAAUUCUUAUCUCACUACUCAUUCGUGAGGCAAAAGAUGAAAAAUUGACUGCCAAAGAUAUAAAGAAUGAUUUACACCAGUUAAUAAUAAAUAAAGCGUUUACGAGUAUAUCAGGGGGAAAGGCCACAAAUAGCUUAGAUGAAACUUACGGAUUUCAACAAGCUCCAUUAAGGCUAGGAUUGAUUAUCCCUAAUUUUAUUCUUUCAAUUCUUUUUGUUGUUCGUAACUCUAAUGAUAUACCAAUGCUUCACUUACCAAGAGGUUUAGUGACUACGCUUGUUAUUUUAACAGCAACUGAUUAUGAAUAUUUGACAAUUUUGAGAGAUGUACAUAUUUUUACUAAGAAAUUAUAUCGAUACGAGGAAAUCAAUAUAUUUAAUAUAUUUAAGCAUAUAUUCGGAGUUGCGAUUAUAUGGGGAGCAUUUAUUGAUAUCUUUCUUAGAAACAUUCCACAAAUCAUUGUUCUAGCAGUGAGUAAAUUUAUUAUAUUUAUUAUAUAA